AAAACAAUAAAAAGAAAUGUAAAAAAAUAAAUAAAUAAAUAAAAAUUCUCUCUGCGCCAACAAUUAUGAGCUGGUUUCAUAAUAUACUAUAAUCUACCUAAAUUGCUCUGAGGUUUUCACCUCUAGGAUGUGGUGCAGCCCGUGUGUGUGUGUGUGUGCGUGUGUGUGUGUGUGUGCGCCCCUCUGCUCCUCCUUAUGUAGUAUAGAGCGGGACACUCCGCAGUUCGCUUAUCCCGUUCCUUCCCGUUGCCUUUUACGCGCACGACGUCUGCAGUACAGUGAUUCAGUGAGCCCCGUCUUCUCCCCCACGCUUGCAAGCUUUUGGAUGAAGGCUGGACUCUUCGUGUUGUUUUCGGAUGGCGAAACAGCGCUUGUUGUGCCCCUGUGAUCAUUUGUAAAGGAAGACAUCCACGCUUUUUUUUCCUCCUCUCUUUCUUCUUUUCUUCUCGACUCAUUUUUUUUCUUUAACAAAAUGUGGGACGCGCGUUCUCUGCGCGGCGUCCGCGGAGUGCUCUCUUCGCUCGUAGCCGCUUGACUGGAGGGGGAUCCCGGCUCCUUUUUCAUCCUCUACUCCCUUAGGAACAAGAGGAGUUUGCAUGCAAAAGGUGGUUUAUCUCGGCAAGCCAUGGAGGGACUUCCCUAAAGAGGAUCCAACAUAAUUCAACAUUUUUAGACUUUUUAUUUUUCUAUUUUCCUUUUUUUUUUCCAUCAUCGUUACAUCUUCCCAAAUAAGUCUCCUCUUCCAUCACCAUGGCUGAGAAGAUUGGACCAGCGGGGCUCAAGCCCACCAACAUCCGAACCGCUCCCUCCCUGCCCCCUGAGCCCAUCGACAUCAUCCGUACCAAAGCCCGCUCCCGCAGAGUCCGCCUUAACGUUGGGGGUCUGAACCACGAGGUCUUAUGGCGGACUCUGGACCGGCUACCCAGGACCCGUCUCGGCAAGCUUCGAGAUUGCAACACCCAUGAAUCCCUGAUGGAAGUCUGCGAUGACUACAGCUUGAAUGAAAAUGAAUACUUCUUCGACCGGCACCCAGGGGCUUUCACCUCCAUUCUGAACUUUUACCGCACAGGCAAGUUACACAUGAUGGAGGAGAUGUGUGCCCUUUCGUUUGGUCAGGAGUUGGACUACUGGGGGAUUGACGAGAUCUACUUGGAGUCCUGCUGCCAGGCCCGUUACCACCAGAAAAAAGAGCAGAUGAAUGAGGAGCUGCGGAGGGAGGCAGAGACAAUGAGGGAGAGGGAGGGAGAGGGAGAGUUUGAUAACACCUGCUGCCCAGACAAGAGGAAGAAGCUGUGGGAUCUCCUGGAGAAGCCCAGCUCCUCGGUGGCUGCCAAGAUUCUAGCCAUCAUCUCGAUCCUGUUCAUCGUCCUCUCCACCAUUGCUCUGUCUCUCAACACCUUACCAGAGCUCCAGGUCAUAGACGAGUUCGGCCAGGCCAACGACAACCCACAGCUGGCCCAUGUAGAGGCUGUAUGUAUUGCCUGGUUCACCAUGGAGUACCUCCUUCGCUUCCUCUCCUCUCCUAAUAAGUGGAAGUUCUUCAAAGGCCCGCUGAAUGUCAUUGACUUGCUGGCCAUUCUGCCCUACUACGUCACUAUCUUCCUAACUGAGUCCAACAAGAGUGUGCUUCAGUUCCAAAAUGUGCGCCGUGUGGUGCAGAUAUUCAGGAUCAUGAGAAUAUUGAGGAUCCUGAAGUUGGCCAGGCACUCCACAGGACUCCAGUCUCUAGGGUUUACUUUGAGAAGGAGCUACAAUGAACUGGGGCUGCUUAUAUUAUUUCUGGCCAUGGGCAUCAUGAUAUUUUCCAGCUUGGUCUUUUUUGCUGAGAAAGAUGAAGAUGCCACCAAAUUCACCAGUAUCCCUGCUUCAUUCUGGUGGGCAACAAUUACAAUGACAACAGUGGGAUAUGGUGACAUUUACCCACAGACUUUACUUGGAAAAAUUGUGGGUGGGCUCUGUUGCAUUGCAGGAGUGCUGGUCAUUGCCCUGCCCAUCCCCAUUAUCGUCAACAACUUCUCUGAGUUCUACAAGGAACAGAAGAGACAGGAGAAGGCCAUCAAGAGGAGGGAGGCACUGGAGCGAGCCAAGAGAAAUGGCAGCAUUGUGUCAAUGAAUCUAAAAGAUGCCUUUGCCCGCAGUAUGGAACUGAUGGAUGUGGUGGUAGAAAAGGGAGACGACAAGACCUCCCUCGACAACCACCUGUCUCCAAGCCGCUGGGGCAGCUCAACUAGGCACGCCAGCUCAGAGACUAACCUGAAAUCCCCAAAUAAAGGAAACCCAGAGUCUCUGCUGCAAAGCUCUCCUCAACGUAUAACCAUCACCACCACUGGAAGCCCCCAGCGGGCAAACAGGACCCCACAGCACCUCAAUGUGCAGAAACUGGAGGAGAUGUACAACCAGAUGACCAAGUCACAGUCCUUCACUAACCUCAACACUACAAGCUCCAUGAGCACUCUGAGCACAACCAUGACUGCCCCUGUCUCACCUAAAAAGUCUCAAAGCCCUGAUUUCACAUUAAAAGAGGAAGUAGAGCUAGAGAUGAAGGAGGUAGAACCCUCCUCACCAGAUAACUUUGCGAGCUGCUCAGGAGACUUUAGACAACAAGGCUGCGACUCAGAUGAGGAAGCUGCGCCCUCUGAAACCAGACUCCCCAGAGGGGCACCAGCCCAUCUGGAUCUUAGCCAACUGAGGGCCAUUGAUGACAACAGCUCUCCUGGCAUCAUUCUCAAAGAUGGCCUCUAUGAAUCCUUCAACCCAGGUGAACGAUCAGAGCUCCACAUAGAGGAAGGAGAGACCUUUAACAGUGCUGUGGAGAACAUCCGGAGCUCUCUAAGAGGGAAUAACCCUCUUAAAAUAAAGGGGAUGAAGGUCAACUUCACCAAAACUUCUGCUGAAGGUCCGUUAACACCGCCCAGCACUACCUCUCCUGGAGACAUCAGCUCCAGCAUCCUGGAAGACGAGUCCCCCGAUGGAGAGCUGUCACCGCUUAUCCCCAGUUCAGAGGAGCUGCUCCCAGUCGCAGAGGAGGAGACCUGCCCGUUGUCCCCUGAGAGGCUGGUGGUUGACACCCCACCCGGCGAUGAAGAGUCCACAGAGAACCACGAUGAGAAGCAUCUGAUGGAGGUGGCGGGCGCUGCAGUUGCGCCCUUGUCGCCCAAAACAGCAGCUCAAAACUGCACCCAAGGUAUGGUUGGGGCAGGCGAGGAGGUCAAGGCUGACAGCAACCAAAGUGGACACAAAGUAGAGAACCACAUGUUUACAUCCGAUAUCCACCUGAUACCCGGGGAUGGCAGCCUGUCUCCGACCUGUGAAACCAGCAUGUGACUGUGAGAGAAGCUCUGAGGGACAAUAGACCCACUGCAACCUCAGCCUGAUGUGUGGGAGAGCAGGAAGAAAAGACAAGGGUGCAGUUGUAGUGACAGAUAUUUUUGCAUGGCAUGACAAGUCCCUUUUACUUGUGUUGUUGUCUAUUGCUGAAAAAGAAACUGCAGUGCUUCGUGCAGAUUUGAGAGGACGACUUUGGGACAAACAGCGGGCUCAGAGAGGAGGCUCUUGAGAAACAGAGGGAAUUCAUCAACUUAUGUAGACACUUUGGUCCUCCCAUUGUACAUAAUGACAGUCUCCUUUUUCUAGCAAAAGAAGGAAAUGCACAGAGGGACUUAUCUGUAAAAAGCAUGCAUUUAAAAAAGACAGAUAUUUUACGGUGCUUAGUUUGCUGAAAGCGCUCCACUGUAAAUACUAGGACAUCUAAGGCAAUGACAAUGCACAGGAUGGCAAAGAAAAACUGUCACUGAAGGUACAAAUAUUUGUAAUGUGAAAUGGGAUGGGUGGGGUGGGGGGGGUUGAAUUGAGAGCCCUCAGACUGGGUGUUGCAUCGUAGCGACCUAUAAAAAAAAACAUAUCAUUACCUUUUGUGGAAAUGCAAAGUGUUCCCAUGACGACCCUGUAAUGUUUUUUCGUGUGAAAAAUGGUGUAUGAAACUGUAACGUUAACAUUAUUGCUUUUGGUUUUCAUAACCACUGUUGAGCUUUCAGUUGAGCAUCCAAUAUUCAAUCUUUGAAAUAAUGACAGCGGGCAAGAAGGACAAAAAAAAACACCUUGAUUCCUCUAAAUACUUCUGUAGUUGCCAAAUACGUAUGUAACCAGUAAGGACAGGAACUAUCAGAUACUGCCGCUAUUGAAAAUAUUUAUCAUGCAGUUUCAGAAGUUAGGGCAAGGUUUAAGAUGUUUUAUUCCUUGUUCAACCUUUUAAUUCUGCCCAAAUCACAAAAAUAAAUCUUAUUUACUCUCUGACUUCAGAUAUAUACAUCUAAAUGUAGUUUUAAGAAUAAAAUAUGAAAUACGUAGGUCUAGAUUGGUUGUAGACAAAAAUUCUACAGUAGGUAAGUGAGAUUCCAUAAAACAGUUAAGACUAUUUAUUGAUUCAGUACAUCUGGUCAUUAAUACACAUAUAUGCUUUACACUAUAAUUAUAUAUUUUGGCAAUUUAAAAGGGUUAGACUACCACAAAAAAAAUUACAAUAUUCCUUGUUAUAUCAAUGGACCAAAUCAAGCACACUGACAAGCUUUCAUCUAUCUCAGCUGCAUAGUAACAUAAACAGUAAUAACAUGUAUUCUGACAGUAGUUAUGGGGUUUUUUUUGUUGUUUUUCUUAUGAUUUGUUUACCUGCAUUGUGUUCAUUAUCCUACUCUCAGCACCCUGAUGUCGUUGUUGACAUUUGUCCCAUACUACUGCAAGUUUAUCCGAUCCUGCUGAUAAGUUAAAGGCAUCUUUUUUUUCUUUUUUUUUUUUGUAUAUCCGUAGUGUCUUGGACUGUAAUUUAUCGUGUUUUAUUGUGAACAAAACUAUUUUCAGUCAAACUUAAACCCAAAGGAGUUUUUUUUCUCUCUCUCUCUCGUCUUCUUUCGCGCUUUUGUUUUACACUGACUGAAAAUAUCUGUUGUAUGUUGCCUUUGAUUCCAAUUUUAUUGCUGGAAUAUUUGUUUGUUGUUUCAGCAUGACACUGGGCUGAGUGUACUAGAAGUGUGUUUGUGAAAGCCAUACAAACCAGAAUGGUACUGACAGGAAGUACGUGGGUGAAUUCUUUGUUAUUUGUUUUAUUUAUUUUUUCUUAUUAUGUUCAUGUUUUUUUUUUGUGUGUUCUCACAGAGAGGUGUGGAAUGUGCAAUACCGCAUACUGCAAUCUAUGCAGGCCAAGAAUUGUGGCACUUUAUUUUCUGUCUAUGGGAUUUGUAAGUGUACAGGCAGAAAUUACUUGUAUUUUUCAAAUGUUAUAUCUUUAAUAUGAGGCAAAACAGUAUUACAACUACCAGAAUCUCACAAACAAUGCAAAAGAGAAUUUUACUUUUACUUUUUCAUAUUAUGUGGCUGGCAUUUGCUAUGAAGCCUAUUUAUGCCAGAUGCUCAAAUUUGAUUAUCUGUGGGAAUAGGGAUCCAAAUUGACCACUUUUGGCCUUUUGUAUUGUUGUUAGAUUACAUUAAAAAAUCUAACAAAUGUCUGUGGAAGAUAUUAAGAUAAUCUAAUUUCAAUGGCCACACACAAAGGAUUUUAUGUUUUUUGUGAAUUAACAUUGAGAAUGAUUCUAUUUUUUCUAAACCAAAAUGGAGCACGACCACAAUUUCCUGCCAUAUGGUGGUUGAAAUGAUGCAUGCCUUUUCAUAACACUGCUGUUUAUGAGAAGGCAGCAAGUCAUUUUGCUUUGUUCAUAUAGCACUGUACAGAAAAUUCUAAUUUUAUAGGAGAAAUCAGGUCUUUAUGUAAUAGAUACAAGUAAUGUUAUUGAGUUCUCAGGUUUUCUAUAACUCUCUGAUGUUCCGAUUGGAUAGAUUCUCUGUUUUUUCUUUAACAGCUAAUGUCAACUAGUUACUUCUGUACUUUUUGAAAGGUGAUGUUGUCAAAUCCACAUUGAUGUCUUGGCUCCUGGUGUAAGGAGUGGCAAUAUUUCUCCCUCCUCCUGGGUAAUCUGUGUACCACAUUCAGUGUCCACCCCCAUCAGUCUUCAGUGAGGCAGGAAGGAGCACAAACAGAAGGACAGGAGUUUGACUGUAAGAGCUGAGAAAUAGACAGGAGGGGAGUGAUGAGUUUAAGUGACCACCGACAGGCAGGAAAAGAUCCCUACUGUCACUGAACUGAUACAUCUGAUUAUUUCCCAUGCUGACACCAUUGAGUGCUCCAGUCCCUACAGUUUCAGAGGCUCUAACCCCAUGGCAUGCCCUCAGGAACAAGCGAUCAAUGGGUAAAAGGAAGGCUAGGAUAAGGGAAGUCUAUGAGAGUUAAGAAAAGAGGAGAGGUGAAAUGGGCUCUUCCCGGGUGGUUACAUCACAUCAGUGAUCAGUUGUGGUCCAUAUUUCCUUUUGUCUGUGUACAUACUGUAUGCCCAGACCGACAUAAUUUAACUCGGUAAUCAGAGAUUCAUGUGAGAGCUCAUGGAAUUAUCUUCCAUGUAAAAUUAUUGAUCCCUCAUUGGAAACUCAGAUUCUUUGGUACUCUCCAAAGUGAAAUGUCAGUGGUGGUUGUUGUUGUUUGGAGUUUUCAUUUGUCUUUUUUUGUUUUCCUUUAUGAAGGUUCGAUGAUAACCUUCUUGUUAAAAAGAUAUAUUUUUCCUGUAUCUGUAUGUUCAAUUUAACAUGAUUUCCUUCAUCCCUUUGUUCAUUGUAACCAUGUCUCUGUGUUAGCCUCAAGUAAUCCUUCAUUUUGACAGGUAGGGUAGAGAAACAAGGGAUUUGGAUUGAUCAGCUAUAUUCCCUUGGAAUGAUGUUUGUGUGGAUACCAAUAUUAAUUCUGUGAGCAGACAGCAAAUGGACUGUGCUCUGUCUUACUGUCUCACAAUGGCAUUAUCAUGUGUGAUGCUGUACAGAGUGGAAAGGUUGUGUCUUUAUUUUCUCUGAGAGAAUGGGUAAUGUCUGUGUCACUCAUGCGUGCUUACCAAACCUUGCUCCCUGAAAUGCAUAAAGCAUUGUUUCUUCUUAUUUCUCUAUGUAUUCUGCCUCUUACAUUUUGUUUUCUCUGUUCAGCUUUGGAGAACAUUAUCAUUAGACACAUUCUGAGCUACAGACUGUUUCUGUACAAAGCAACAUCUUUGUAUGCAUGUAGUAGUCCGAACAAUUAUGUGACCACAGAACUUUGUUAUGGUACAUGUAUGUCAACAUUUCUGUAGAGCAUCGUUCCCCAUUACGUCUAUUAGCAUAUGCAGAAUAACAAAUA